AUGGCGGGAGAGAAUCGGAAAGAUCGAGGUGUUUCGUCUGAAGUCGCGAUUCCCUCCGGUUUGAACCGGAUCAAGACUCGGUUAGCUUCGUCAGGUCCGAGACCUGAAGAUUCCUCCGAUUCCGUUCCGCAGCCUCCUUUAAACCGCACGCAGAAAACUAUUGUUCCUCGUAGAACCACUGGCUCUUCCAAAAAAGAGCGUAAAGGAAAAAAGUUGUCGAGGUGGCUUGCUUCAUAUAAACCCAAACAUUCUGGAAACCCUCCCAAAGAUGGUUGCUCUAGUAGUGAGGGUGUUAACUUAAAAGUCAAGACCUCUCGUAAAGACGAGGAGAGGAUGAUCAAGUUAUCUGAAACUAACCUUCCCUCUAGCAAGGUGUCAAUGGGUAUAAAGAGCUUUUCACAUGAAUUAGGGCCAAGGGGUGGUGUUCAAACUUCCCACCCUCGCCCGCACAGCUACAACGAUCUGAAGGAACUUCUGGGCUCACUUCACUCGAGAUUUGAUGUUGCUAAGGAGCUUGUAGAUAAGAAGCUAGAUGACUUUGUCAUAGAUGUGGAAGAGGCUAUAGAGAAAAUAGACCCAUCAUGCCCUGAAGAUCGAGAAAUGACAGAGGAAUUACUUAAUUUGGCUCAAGCCUGUAUAGAGAUGACAUCUGCUCAACUUCGUGCUACUUGUGAAUCUAUUGUCCAAGACUUGACUAGGAAAAGGAAACAGUGCCAAGCAGGACUUGUGAAGUGGUUGUUUUCUCAGUUGCUUUUUAUAUUGACUCAUUGUACAAGGGUUGUGAUGUUUCAGAAGGAGACUGAGCCAAUUGAUGAGAGCUCCUUCCGAAAAUUUAAGGAAUGUUUAGAAAGCAUCCCUGCUGUGGAAACAAGUUGGGUUUCCACUGCUAGAGUGGCUGAUUGUGGUUCCGGCUGUCAUAGGAACGAAGCUGGACAAAAUCUCAAGACGCGAGAUAAAGAAUCUUUGGACUCAGAGACUACUUUUGGUUAUGCUAUACAAGAUGAUCAGAGAAAUAAUGCUGCUAGAGAAGGUUAUGCCGCUUCUAAACAGGGACGUCGAUCGCAGAAACCCCUAUAUGAUAGUAAAGUCGUAGAACAAAGAUUUUAUUUAAGUGAUGAGUAUCAAGAUAAGAUGCCAAAUGAGCCUGGAAAAGAGUUAUGUGGAUCUGAUUCUGUAAUCUGCAGGAUAUGUGAGGUAGAAGUUCCUCUCUCCCAUCUGGAACCGCACUCUUACAUAUGCGCAUAUGCAGAUAAAUGUGAAAUAAAUUGUUUGGAUGUUGAUGAGCGCCUUUUGAAACUUGAGGAGAUACUGGAACAGAUUAUUGAUUCACGAAGUUUAAACUCCUUUGCGCAAGCUGGUGGCUUGGAAAACUCAGUUUUGCAGAACUCUGGAGUGGCAUCUGAAGGUUGUUCUCCUAAGAUGAAUGAAUGGCGUAAUAAAGGUGUUGAAGGAAUGUUUGAGGAUCUACACGAGAUGGACACCGCUUUCAUAGAUGAGUCUUACACAUAUCCUAUUAAUCUGAAGAGCCAUGUAGGGGCUAAAUUUUGCAAUCAUGGCACAUCAUCAUCAACUGGUAGCAUCACAUCAGUAUCUUCAACAAAUACCCCCAGAACAAGUCACUUUGACUCUUAUUGGCUAGAACGGCAUAGUCCAGAGCAAGAGGAUCUUCAACUGAUGAUGGAUCUUUCAGAUAUUGCCCGCUGUGGAGCAAGCACAGAUAUCUCCAAAGAGGGAUCUUUUGACUAUUUGCUUGCCUGCAUGCAAGACGUACAGGCUGUUUUGAAGCAGGGCAAGCUUAAAGCACUUGUAAUAGAUACUUUUGGUGGGCGGAUCGAGAAACUUCUUUGCGAGAAAUAUAUUUAUGCUUGUGAUUUGAAUGCUGAUAAAAGUUCAAUGGGUGACGUAAAAGAUAGUGAAACUGUCGUGGAGCAUGCAUCCCAAGGGUACUCAGUGACUACACCACAUUUACUUCAAAAAGAUAGGACAAGCAUAGAUGACUUUGAGACUAUCAAACGAAUAAACAGAGGGGCCUUUGGUAAAGUCUUUCUUGCGCGCAAAAGAACAACAGGGGACUUUUUUGCCAUUAAGGUACUGAAGAAGUUGGAUAUGAUAAGGAAAAAUGAUAUUGAGCGGAUAUUGGCAGAGCGAAAUAUACUAAUAACUGUCAGAAAUCCCUUUAUGGUUAGAUUUUUUUAUUCGUUUACCUGCAGAGAUAACCUCUACUUGGUAAUGGAAUAUCUUAAUGGGGGUGAUCUAUACUCUCUGCUCCAGAAAGUUGGCUGCCUUGAAGAUGACGUUGCUCGUAUAUACAUUGCGGAACUGGUUCUUGCAUUGGAGUACCUCCAUUCUCUGAAAAUUGUGCACCGUGAUCUAAAGCCUGAUAACCUGUUAAUCGCUCAUAAUGGGCACAUAAAGCUAACAGACUUUGGGCUAUCAAAGAUCGGUCUUAUAAACAACACAAUUGAUUUAUCUGGACAUGAGUCAGAUGCAACGCCAAGAACAACUUCUCAUCAUUUUCUAAAGAGCCAAGAAGAAGAAAGAGUUCGGCGUUCCGCUGUUGGGACACCUGACUACUUGGCGCCAGAAAUCCUUCUUGGAACCGAACACGGUUAUGCUGCGGAUUGGUGGUCUGUGGGAAUCAUCUUGUUUGAACUGAUAACUGGAAUCCCACCUUUUACAGCAUCCCGCCCAGAGAUAAUAUUUGACAACAUCCUCAACGGAAAAAUUCCGUGGCCAGAUGUGCCUGGUGAAAUGUCAUAUGAAGCUCAGGAUUUGAUUAACAGGUUGCUUGUCCAUGAGCCAGAAAAGCGACUGGGGGCUAAUGGGGCUGCAGAGGUUAAGGCACAUCCCUUCUUUCAAGGAGUUGACUGGGAAAAUCUUACUGUGCAAAAGGCUGCAUUUGUACCGCUGACAGAGAGUAUCGUUGACACAAGCUAUUUCGUAUCACGGUUCAGUGAAAAGAGUUGCAGCGAUUCUGACAGUGACAACAACAGCGAAUCAUAUCCAAAUUCAGGAGAUGAGUUGGAUGAAUGCACCAACCUGGCGGAUUUUGAUUCUCCACCUUAUUAUCUCUCCCUCAUUAACUUUUCGUUCAAGAAUUUGUCACAAUUGGCUUCAAUCAAUCAUGAUGUGCUAUUGCAAAAGGAUCCAGCCAAAGGAGGAGGAGGCUCACCCUUUAAAAGUCAUGGAACGUAG